UGUCAUACCGAACUAUAUAAUCCUUAGAGUAUCACAAAACCCUAUAUUGAUCACCCCCAUCUCAGUUAUUUCCCAAUUUUCUCGUUAGUAUUAAACCAAUGAAGUCCUGUACCAGCCCCUGUGACACCCAUAUCAACCUUGAGUUCUCAGGCAGACAUGCCUCAGUCCCUGAUCAGGUUGAUGAACCAAUUCAGAUCAAUGUCCCUUUACUUCUACAGCCAUCCUAUGCCAGAUCAAAAUCAAGCAUCUUUGAUGAGCUUCGCCACUUCAGAAUGAGCCUAAAAUGGUGUGCUCUUGAUCACUCUUCAUGGGCAGGGAAGUCCAUAUCAUGCCUCACAUUCAUAGUCCUCGCCAUCAUCGUCCCCAUCUUGAGCUCCCUGUUCAUUGAACCCCCAUCUUCUUCAUCAACUAAAGACCCAAUCUCAUUCAACAAACUGGUGCAACUGCCUGAGUCAGGCUUAGCUGCAAUAGCCUUUUUCACACUAUCCCGCUUCUUCCAACAGUACGGCCUCCGCCAUCUCCUGUUCCUGGACGACCUUAUGGAUGACUCAUUGUAUGUCAGACGAGGAUACACCCGAGAGCUUGACAAGGCCUUCAGAUUCCUAGCAUUCAUACUUCUGCCAUCCCUUUUUGUAGAACUUGCACAUAAGAUCUUAUUCUUCUCAACAGUGAGAAUUUCUAUACCACAUAUUCCCUCAGGGGUUCCACUAAAUUCCAUUGCGUUUGUACUGGUUUUGGCAUCAUGGAUUUAUCGAACAGGCUUGUUCUUGCUAGUCUGUGUUCUAUUCAGGUUGACAUGUGAGCUCCAAAUACUCAGGUUUGAAGGGUUCCAGAAGCUUCUAGAGGGAUGUGGGUCAGACGCCGGUGUCAUAUUCCGGGAACAUAUGAGGAUCAGAAAACAAUUAUCAGUCACCAGCCACAGAUACAGGUUCUUCAUCAUCGGAUGCCUGAUUACAAUCACAGUGAGCCAACUGGGAGCCUUGUUGAUAGUUUUGGCAUCAAAAUCAAACAAGACUUUCUUCAAUUCUGGAGACCUUGUAGUUUGCUCAGCUGUUCAGCUAAGUGGGUUCUUGCUAUGUCUUCUUGGGGCUGCAAGAAUCACACACAGAGCUCAAAGGAUGGUGUCUGUCGCAACCAGAUGGCAUAUGCUAGUAACAUGUGCCACCAUCAACCUUCAUCCCGAUGCCAGUUCAGACCAGUGGAGAGGCAUAAUCCAAGGGCCUGAUCCUGAUCACACCCUUCUGCCAUCAAAAUUCGACGACACCGUUUCAGAUUUGUCACAAACUCUGAUCACAGUCUCAUCACAGGAUCUAUCUUCCUUCCAAACUAGCUGGCAAGCUUUAGUUACAUACUUGCAACACAACAGUGGGGGGAUCACACUGUUUGGGUUUACUCUUGAUCGUGGGUUGCUUCAUACUAUCUUUGCGUUUGAGUUCUCACUGGUAAUGUGGAUACUGAGUAAGGUGGUGGUUCUGUCUUAAGAGUGAUAUUCAGUCAACUAUAGGAGGCCAUUGUUGGAUGUUGAAGAAGGUCCAUCUUCAAAUGUAAUGGUUUCAUGAUCAAUCUGAAGGAGAAGGAAUAAGCAGCUUUGUUGUAAGGAAUUACAAUUCAAGUAGUUUAGGUUUCCACAUUCAAUUCUUAUCAUUUUUUUUUUUGUCAAACUUAUAAUUUGUGUUUGUUCCUUCAAUUAUUUACACAUCAAUAAUUUUUAUUUUUCCUUCUA